GCCGGGCGCUUCACCUCAGGCGGCGGAGAAAGGCUUCCCAGGGCUUCUCUAGGCCGGCGGCGGGGCUCUCGGUUAUUUUGAAAACUCCCAGCGUCGUGAAGUCGGUGCAAAACUUGAGACCCCGGGAGCCUCCAUGAACCCUGGAGCCCUGGUCUGCGACCACCACGGGCUGCCAGCGAGCUGAGCGGCUCUGUACACAUUCUCCCCCAGAGGAAACCGGGGACCCUUUGAAGAAUUGGUGGUGUGAUUCCUCCUGUUUGCCAAAGCCUUUCCCGCGCCGGAAGGAAAUGAUGGUGGCCAAGCAAGUUUAGGUCUUGGCCAACUGUGGAGUCUGUCAGCCUCUAGUUACCUAAUUUUGUGGAUUGGGUGACUAGCAUGCAGAUACUCACGCUCUGACUUGCCCAACGACUGACAUGGCCCACCGGGGUGGGGAGAGGGACUUCCAGACUUCAGCUCGUCGCAUGGGCACCUCCCUGCUCUUCCAGCUUUCUGUGCACGAGCGGGAGCUGGACCUCGUUUUUCUGGAUCAUAGCUAUGCUAAACCAUGGAGUGCCCACCCAGAUGCCAGUAGCGCCCGCCCUACCCGCAUGCUCUUUGUAACUCCCCGUCGGCAGCACGAGAAUACUAUUGAGUCAGACGUUCCAAUAGAUGUGGAGACAGUCACGUCAAUUCCUGUGCCACUCUAUGACAAUCAGAAGGCUCGAAGUGUGAUGAAUGAGUGUGAGCGGCAUGUCAUCUUCGCCAGGACAGAUGCAGAUGCUCCUCCCCCACCAGAAGACUGGGAGGAACAUGUCAACAGGACUGGCUGGACAAUGGCCCAAAACAAGCUAUUCAACAAGAUCCUCAAAGCCCUACAGUCUGACCGGCUUGCCCGCUUGGCCAAUGAAGGGGCUUGCAAUGAGCCCGUGCUGCGCCGUGUUGCUGUGGACAAGUGUGCGAGGAGGGUGCGACAGGCUCUGGCCAGUGUAAGCUGGGACACCAAACUGAUCCAGUGGUUACAUACCACCCUAGUGGAGACCUUGAGUCUGCCCAUGCUGGCUGCCUACCUGGAUGCUUUGCAGACACUGAAAGGGAAGAUCCCAACUUUGAUUGACCGGAUGCUUGUGUCGUCCAACACCAAGACUGGGGCUGCAGGAGCAGAGGCCUUGUCUCUCCUCCUCAAGAGGCCCUGGGACCCUGCUGUGGGGGUGCUUUCUCAUAACAAACCAAGCAAACUCCCUGGCUCUCCUUUGAUUCUUAUCGCCUCUUCUGGUCCCUCAAGCUCUGUGUUCCCUGCCUCACGCCGCCACCGAUUCUGGCAGUCUCAGCUUUCCUGCUUAGGCAAGGUCAUCCCUGUAGCAACUCAUCUGCUGAACAAUGGGAGUGGGGUAGGCGUUCUGCAGUGUCUCGAGCAUAUGAUUGGGGCCGUGAGAAGCAAAGUGCUGGAGAUUCACAGUCAUUUUCCACAUAAACCCAUUAUCUUGAUUGGAUGGAACACAGGAGCUUUGGUGGCCUGUCAUGUAUCAGUGAUGGAGUAUGUCACUGCAGUUAUCUGCCUUGGGUUUCCUCUGCUUACUGUGGAUGGCCCCCGGGGGGAUGUGGAUGAUCCCCUCUUGGACAUGAAAACUCCAGUCCUCUUUGUCAUUGGUCAGAAUUCCUUGCAGUGCCACCCUGAAGCCAUGGAGGACUUCCGGGAAAAGAUUAGAGCUGAAAAUAGCUUGGUAGUGGUUGGAGGAGCUGAUGAUAAUCUCAGGAUAAGCAAAGCAAAGAAGAAAUCAGAAGGGUUGACUCAAAGCAUGGUGGAUAGAUGUAUUCAGGAUGAGAUUGUGGACUUUCUGACUGGAGUGCUCACUCGCUCUGAGGGUCAUGUGGGCUCUGAGUCUCGAGAUCAGGAUGCUGAGAAGAAGAAGAAGCCUCGGGACUUGACCCGAAGAGACUUGGCCUUUGAAGUUUCUGAGCGAGGCAGUCGACCUGGUUCCCCAGCUGCCAAGUUGCCUACAUCCCCCUCAGGCUCAGAGGAUCUCUCCAGCGUAUCCAGCAGCCCCACCUCUAGUCCUAAGACCAAAGUGACCACGGUAACCUCUACCCAGAAAUCUAGUCAAAUUGGGACCUCCCAGCUGCUGAAAAGACAUGUACAGAGGACAGAAGCUAUGUUGUCGCACAAACAAGCCCAAGCACAGUUUGCUGCUUUUCUGAAACAAAACAUGCUGGUGAGGAAAGCUUUCCCUCCCGGCGCUUCCUCCUGUCUCUUUGUUCCCAUUUCAUCAGAACCAGCAGAAGAGUCGGAGAAAGAGGAGCUUAGGGUUCAGCUGAAGCGGCACCAUCCUUCCAGUCCUCUUCCUGGCACGAAGACCUCCAAGAGACCGAAGAUCAAAGUGUCCCUGAUCUCCCAAGGGGACACAGCUGGAGGGCCUUGUGCUCCUUCCCAAGGUGGAACCCCUGAAGCUACAGGAGGGAAACCUAUCACCAUGACGCUGGGGCCUUCAGCAGGGGCCAAGGAGCUCACCGGGCUUCUCACCACAGCCAAGUCAAAUUCUUCUGAAGGUGGAAUCACAGCCAGCAUAGCCCCAUCAAUGUCUUCCAGCAACACCACGCCUAGUGCCCUGCACACUCUCCAGAGCCACUUGGUGGCCACCUCUCCUGGCAGUUCCCUCCCAGGGGCCGCUUCAGCCAGCAGCCUCCUACAAGGCCUCAGCUUCAGCUUGCAGGAUAUAAGCAGUAAGACCUCUGGCCUCCCAGCGAGUCCUUCCCCAGGGCCAUCCCCACAGGCCACCGGCAUGAAGUUGCCCACCCCCAUGCAGAGCCUGGGUACCAUCACCACGGGCACCAGCACCAUUGUCCGUACCAUUCCUGUGGCUACAACACUGUCCUCCUUGGGUGCCACUCCUGGUGGGAAGCCUACAGCCAUCCAUCAGCUGCUAACCAAUGGAGGCCUUGCUAAGUUGGCAAGCAGCCUCCCUGGCUUGGCUCAGAUCUCUAACCAAGCAUCGGGCUUGAAGGUCCCCACCACCAUUACUCUGACACUCCGUGGCCAGCCAAGCAGAAUCACCACACUGAGCCCUAUGGGCUCAGGAGCAGUGCCAUCUGAGGAACCCACCUCCCAGGUCCUGCCCUCUAGCUCACAGCGCCUGCCUCCAGCACCCUGAAGAUGCCAGCAGUAUGUCGUGCUUACCAGGUUGGUGAUGGCUGCCUCAAAGUGAGCCUAUGUGGUCCUGCUGAGCUAUCUUGAGUGUCUGAAGACAUCCUUAAAGAUAGUCAUUUUCACCUCUCCACCAGCCCUCUUCAGGGUUGGGCCUCUGGGUCUCAAGAAACCAUUAGGCCAGGUGAUACCAGCAAGAGGAGCAGCAUCCUCCAGGAUCAACAAAUUGGUGCGUGGAAUCCCCAGCAGUGUGUGGAUCUGAUGUAAUUUGACCCAAGUGUCAGUGUGGGACUCCUCACUGCAGUCUCACGAAGAAAACAGAGAACUGGGCUGUCGCCUUUUAUCCCCUUUAUCUGCCCUAGGAUGUGGGGAGCAGCAGUCACCAGGUGAAAACUGGUCCAUUUCUCUUCUUUGCCACGUUUUGUGCAUUUCCUGUCUCCAGAGAGCCUAUAAGUCCAAAAUGACUGAAGAUGAAGGAUGGAGCAGCAAAGGACUUGGCUGGCAAGACAUGCCUACAAACACCAUGCUGCCUGUAGUUUAGGUUUGGGGUGCUGCAUGGUGCUUGAGGGCCUAGCCAUUAGCUAAAGAUGGGAAGUGAAAUUUGCCACACCAGAGGGAAAACUCCAACCCUUGAAAGUCUGGUGCAUGGAGGUGAAGCAGGUUGACCAGCUACAGUGAUGUCUUUGCCAGUAUUGGAAGCUUGGGGCAUUAGGAUAGCAAAGGCUGUACUUCAGUGUUUGUUUCUUUUCCGCACAACUUUGUCUUUCUUCUUAGAAGUGGGAAGAUCAUUGGUAGUGACUCUGCUGUAUUGGGUUCUGGUACUAGCCUGAACCUUUAGAUCAUGGUCCUUGGUGAUGUGAACACUGAAGAUGGAGCUAAGCCCCUCAUUACUUACUCACAUUUGGGUGCAAAGGUAGUUUGGAGUUUGGCUUUGAAUUUGUGUUCUAGAGUAGGCUCCUUCCAUACUUACAACAUUUUCCAGUCAAGAUGAUAAAUAAAGCAACUCAAGUGUGACAUUGUUCACAGGGCCAUCAUAUGGCCAUACCAGGCCACCUGUGUUCAGUCCAGACCUCUCAUCUGUAUUCUGAGGGCAGCCAAGAGGAACACAUAAUGUUGAAGAGCCUCAAACAAGGCAGGUCAGGGACAUGUGUGAUAUGAGAGGAGAGUGAUCUCUAAACCCCAUAAUAACCUCCUUGACUGGAGCUGCUCUCAGUGAUUCACAGAUUGGGCUGUAUUUUUUCAUUUUCUGAUUGAUACAUGCAUUCUGAAAUUCAGAAGGCAUUCAGUAAAUUUGAGAAGGUAUCAAAUCUGGAAGAGGUAUCCAGUGCUUGGGGGUUUUGAUAGCUUUACAUGUCAGAUUAUAACCACCAGAAGAGCAGAGGAUAGUAAGACUGGGCUCUAUGAAGCUUUUAGGGAUGAUUUAGGUAGGCAGAGGGCCCUGAACAACACUGGAGAGGGGGCGGUUCCUGAAAGAUACUGCCCCUUGUGUUCUGGGACCAAAGAAAAACUUGCAUCCUGUUUUGGUGGCAAAUGUAUGUGCAUCCCAUGGGUGACUUCUGAGGCAUGGGCCUUGAAGAACUCCAAAACUGAGAAAGGGGAGCUACAAGACACUAAUCUUCACCUUGAGGGACUGGCCAUUAAAAAUGGCUGGAGUCUGUAGAUCACAUUCCGUAGGUCCCAUCUCAUACCAGACUGCUUGGAAUGUAGAAGGAAGCUUUACCCUACCUGUCUUAGGACAGACCCGGAGGCUCUAACCUCAGAAGGUAAUACUCUUAUGGAGUAUGUGGAAGGAUCAGGAAGGCUUUGAAUUCUUGGACAACAGGUAUGUGUUAAUGCCUGUGGAAGGUGUCCUGGCUUUGAGAAGAGGUCACUGAGGGAUGAAGACCUUCUUUCCACUCUUGGUCUCAUCACUAGAGCAAUUUGGGGGUGGAUGAAUUUAUAGAGUUGAGCCAUUGUGAUGGUUCUGAUUCUACGUUAGCAAAAACAAUUAAAAAACAAAACAGCUUUUGA